UUUUAUAUCGAUGUGUAAUAGUCGAUACGACGCAUCAUGGCAGGCACCUGAAAACAUAAUAACUGUCAAACACUCACUAAAGUGAGGUUAUAAAUCUCCUUGUUUUCUCAAAUAAUACUCAUUUUUCAGUUAUCGAACAAACAACACAAUGCACGUACAUAAUAUGCGUAGUUGUAUUAUAUUUAUUGCAAUCUUCAGUACCUCUGAAUUGAUUUUUAAUACUAAUGCUGCAUCCGCACAUAUUCAUACUCAUCAACACAAUAGAGGUGAAGGUGGUGAAAGAACACAAGACGGUGCGUUUAGCCCACGGGGUAUGGACCACUACGUGGGUGAUGAACAUCAUCAGGAGUUUGAUCAUGAGGCAAUUCUUGGAAGUGUCAAAGAUGCUGAAGAAUUUGACAAACUACCAGUAGAGGAAUCAAGACGUCGAUUAGGUAUAUUACUUAUCAAAAUGGAUUUAAAUUAUGAUAAUUUCAUUGAGAGAAAUGAAUUGAAAGCUUGGAUUUUACGUUCAUUCAGUAUGCUCUCUACUGAAGAAUCACAAGAUCGUUUAGAAGAUACAGACCGCGAUGAAGAUGGUAAAGUCAGUUGGGAUGAAAUCUUACAAGAUAUUUAUGGUUCUGAUCCCCAAGACCUUGCCUUUGACGAUCAACUCAUUCACUAUGAUAAAGAAACAUUUGAUGCCGCAGAUUUAAACAAAGAUGGUUAUUUAGAUCCAGAAGAAUUUAAAGCAUACACUCAUCCGGAAGAAACACCUAGAAUGUUUCCGCUACUGUUAAAACAAGUUCUCGAUGAAAAAGAUACUGAUAAAGAUGGUUGUAUUAAUUUUCAAGAAUAUCUUGGAGAAAGAGCUAAAUCUGAAGGUAAAGAAUGGUUAUUGACUAAAAAAGAUAAAUUUGAUCAUGAGUAUGACAAAAAUGGAAAUGGUAAACUUGAAUCUGAUGAGAUUCUAUUAUGGCGAGUACCAAGUAAUGACGAAAUAGCCAACGACGAAGUUGACCAUUUAUUUGCAGCAUCUGAUGAUGAUCAUGAUAAUAGGUUGUCAUUCGAAGAGAUUUUAGAUCAUCAUGAUACAUUUGUAGGUAGUGAAGCGACUGAUUAUGGAAACCAGUUACAAGACAUUGAACGUUUUACGGAUGAACUCUGAAAAAAGUUUAUUUUAUAAGAUAUUUACAAUAUUUUUAUCUUUUCCUAAUAGAAUUUAUAACAUUUCAAUAUUAUACCAUCAAUUUAAACUUUGUUGGUAUUGUCAUUUACACUAUAACCGAAAUACGUCUAAAUUAGUGGAAAAUAUCAAAUUUAAAUUUAUAAACAUCUGCACAAAUUCGUUUUUAAUAUUUGUAUGCUUUCUUACAAAAAUAUUAUUAUGUAAAUCACUGUCUUCCGCUAUCUACAAUUCUAGUGCCAUAAUAUAAAGUAAGAAGUCAUUUUUUUCAUUUUAGUUAUCGUCUUAUGAUUAGUAAAAGUUACCAUAUAUCACACAUUAUCAUUAAUAUUAUUAUUAUUUACUGUUUAUCAUAUGUAUAAAUAUUCUAUACGUGUAUUGUUAUAUUUUGUAAAACAAUUACUAUAAAUUUUGGUUGCGCAUUUACACAAACUAUAUAGAAAAGUCAUACUUGAGUCAUUGUAUAAUGUACAAAUAUUAUCGCUGCUUAAAGUGUAUACCGGUAAUCUUGUGUAUUUGUCUUAUCACCUAAGAUGUCCUGAAAUAUAAUAUGAAAUUUAUAAA